AUGAUAGUGUGGAACCUUGCCGAGCACCCCGACCUCCAGGAUGCUGUGUCGGCCAGCCAUGGCAUCUUCAAGGGCAGGCUCGAGGGCCUGGAUGAGGGGGAGGUGGAAUACUCGCUCCUGUUCAGGGCACCUGCCGUGAUCAAGGUCGGGGUCUGGUGCAAUGGGGACCAAGAACGCCUCGCCCUGGCCGACACGAAUGAGUUCACAAUACCGGAGACAGUGUUCAGCACCAAGAGGAUAGGCCUAAAUAAUGGUACCACGACAGUCCAAGAAACCACGUUCGCGAGAGGGCAUAGGACUCACAAGUACAAGCCGCUGGCAGCGGUCCGCCUGCGCGCCAGCGACGUGGAGGAUGACUACAUUGAGCUGUUUGACCGCUACGGAAAAGAUGUCAGGCCCAACAACGAGGAGGAACCGGGCCUCGCGCGCCACUACAGGUGGGGAAGUCCCGACCAUCAAGACCACUCGUUCUUACUAUACUACGAGUAUCGAGACACCACGCCCACUAGUUCUCCUCGUCUAGGCGGGCAGGGGGAGACCCCGGCGGCUGCCAUCACAGGAGCGAAUAAGCCUGGCAUGGGUGAGGACGGCCUAGCUGCUGGCACCGCGGCACACGACGCCGUCGUCGGGGGUGGCGGAAGUCCUGGCCAGGUGCCAGUGCCAACCCCCGGGGACAACCCACGUGCCGGCCAGACACACGCCCGACCCUGA